AUGUGUAAAUUUACAAAUUCAACAUCUUCUUCCACUAAUAUUCAAGAUAGAGAAGUUUUACCAACAAAUGUUAAACCUUUACAUUAUGAUUUAACUUUAGAACCAAUUUUUGAAAAUUUUAAAUUUAAUGGUGAAGAAACAAUUGAGUUUGAUGUUAAUGAAGAAACAAAUUACAUCACAUUAAAUUCAUUAGAAAUUGAUAUUCAUGAAGCUAAAAUCAACGAUGUCAAAAUUGAAAAUUUUGAAUUUAACGAAGAGAAACAAAUUGUUACUUUUAGAUUUGAAGAUUAUCUUAAACAAGGUGCUAAAGCUUAUUUAUAUUUGAAAUUCACUGGUGAAUUGAAUGAUAAGAUGGCUGGGUUUUAUAGAGCUUCAUAUCAAGAAGAUGGUAAAAAAAAAUAUAUGGCAACUACUCAAAUGGAACCUACUGAUUGUAGAAGAGCAUUUCCUUCAUAUGAUGAGCCAUCAGCUAAAGCUAAAUUUACUAUUUCAUUAAUUGCUAACAAGGAUCUUGUUUGUAUAUCAAAUAUGAAUGAAAAAGAAACGAAUUUAAUUGGAGAUGACAAGAAAAAGGUUGUUUUUAAUACUACACCAUUAUUAUCGACAUAUUUAGUUGCUUUUAUUGUCGGAGACUUAAAAUAUAUCGAAAAUAACGACUAUGAUGUUCCAAUUAGAGUUUAUGCUACUGAUCAAGCCUCUGCUAAUUUGGGAACUUACGCUGCUAAUAUUGCUGCUAAGUCAUUGAAAUUCUUUGAUUCAAAGUUUGACAUCAAAUAUCCUUUACCAAAGAUGGAUUUGAUAGCUGUAAGUAAAAAUUUUACUUGUUUUUGCCAAAUUUGAAAACUUUUUUUUUCAAUUUUGAAUUUUCAAGGUCUAAGGACUUAGAACAUGUACUAACAAGCACGGAUUCACGAAUUCUCAGCUGGAGCAAUGGAGAAUAUGGGCGCUGUCACCUUUAGAGUUGUUGACUUGUUGUUGGAUCCUGAAAACUCAGAUGUUAAUGUGAAACAAAGAGUGACUGAAGUUGUCAUCCACGAAUUGGCUCACCAAUGGUUUGGUGAUUUGGUUACUAUGGAUUUUUGGGACGGUUUGUGGCUUAAUGAAGGUUUUGCAACUUGGAUGUCAUGGUAUGUGAGUUUUAAGCUGAAUUUCACUUUGAAAGUGGGUUUAAGAUUGGUUGCAAAAUUUUCUGUUUUAGUUGAAAAUUUAUUUUGCAGCCAAAAAUAAUUUUACCAAAGUACAUUACUAACCUUAUUAGGUAUGCUUGUAAUGAAUUUUAUCCAGAUUGGAAAGUUUGGGAAUCAUAUGUUUCAGAUUCUUUACAACAUGCAUUAACAUUAGAUGCCUUAAGGAGCUCACAUCCAAUUGAAGUUCCAGUUAAAAGAGCAGAUGAAAUCAAUCAAAUUUUUGAUGCAAUUUCAUAUUCAAAAGGUUCAAGUUUAUUAAAAAUGAUUUCAAAAUGGUUAGGUGAAGAAGUUUUCAUCAAAGGUGUCUCAAAUUAUCUUAAAACACAUGCAUGGGGAAAUACACAAACUUUAAAUUUAUGGAAAGCAUUAAGUGAAGUUUCAGGAAAAGAUGUUGUUAAAGUUAUGGAUAUUUGGACUAAAAAUAUUGGUUUCCCAGUUGUUAAAGUUGAAGAACAAGAUGAUUCAAUUAAAGUUACUCAAAAUAGAUUUUUAGCUACUGGUGAUGUUAAACCAGAAGAAGAUAAAGUUAUUUAUCCAGUAUUUUUAGGUUUAAAAACUUCACAAGGUUUAGAUGAAUCAUUAGUAUUAGAUGAAAGAUCAAAAACUUUUAAAUUACCUACAAAUGAUGAUUUUUUCAAAAUUAAUGGUGAUCAAUCAGGUAUUUAUAGAACUGCUUAUGAAUCUUCAAGAUGGCAAAAAUUAGGUAAAGCAGGUGUUGAUGGUAAAUUAUCAGUUGAAGAUAGAGUUGGAUUAGUUGCCGAUGCUGGUUCAUUAGCAUCAUCAGGUUUUAUUCAAACUUCGAGUUUAUUAGAUUUAAUUAAAUCAUGGUCAAAUGAAUCAAAUUAUGUUGUUUGGGAUGAAAUUUUAACUAGAAUUGGUUCAAUUAAAGCUGCAUUAAUCUUUGAAGAUGAGGAAAUUAAAGAUGCGUUAAAAUUAUUUACAAGAGAUUUAAUUAGUUCAAAAUUAAAUGAAAUUGGUUGGUCAUUUAAUGAGUCUGAUUCAUUUGCAAAUCAACAAUUAAAAUCUUCUUUAUUUUCAAGUGCUGUUUCUUCUGAAGAUCCAAAAGCUGUUGAAUUUUCAAAAAAUGCAUUUAAAAAAUUUGUCAAUGGUGAUAAAUUAGCAAUUCAUCCAAAUUUAAGAGCAACAAUUUUUAAUUGUAAUGCUAAAUUUGGUAAUGAAGAAACUUUUAAUCAAUUAUUUAAUAUCUAUAAAAAUCCACAAUCAAUUGAAGAAAAAAUUGCUGCUUUAAGAUCAUUUGGUGCUUUCACUGAUUCAAAAAUCUUGGAUAAAGUUACUGGUUUAUUAUUACAAACUGAUAUUGUUAAACAACAAGAUAUUUAUAUUCCAAUGCAAGGUUUAAGAUCUCAUAAAUUAGGUAUUGAAAAAUUAUGGUCAUGGAUAACUACUAAUUGGGAUGAAGUUUAUAAAUUGUUACCACCUGGUUUAUCAAUGUUGGGUAGUGUUGUUACUUUAACUACAUCUGGUUUUACUAAACAAGAACAAAAGAAACAAGUUGAAGAAUUUUUCAAAUCUAAAAAUACAAAAGGUUAUGAUCAAGGUUUAGCUCAAUCUUUGGAUAUAAUUGAAGCUAAAUCUAAAUGGGCUCAACGUGAUACAAAAACAAUUAAAGAAUGGUUGAGUGUUAAUGGUUAUAAUUAG